AUGGCUUCAUUUCCUACUUUCAUUAGACAAUCUGAACAAUCUCCUAGAAGUUUAGAUAAUGCUUUUCCUCCAUUUAAAGUUGAACAUCGAUAUAAAGGUGUUUAUGAGAGAGCUGGCUUUGAUGUAAAUAGAGGUGGUAAUUCAAAAUCAUCAGAUAAUAUUAAAACUCAACAUUAUAUGAAUAACAAUCAGUCAAGAGUGACUAACAAUUCUAACUAUAAUUAUACACACGGUAAUGACUCAAAAGUGGCUAAUAACGCAAAUUAUGGUUAUACUCAUAAUAAUGAUUCUAGAACAACUAAUAACUAUAAUUAUACUCAUAAUAAUGAAUCAAAAACAACUAAUAGUAGUAGUGGUUUUUAUGAUGCUUCUUCACAAUCAUUUAAAUAUAAUAGAUAUGAAGUGAAUAAUCGAUCAAAUGAAAGUAAUAAUACUAUUAAAAGUAAAACAAAUCAUUCUAUUCCAAGAUCAAUUUCAAGCAAAUCAAGUAAUAAUUCACAAUAUAAUAGAUCAAAUGAAAAUAUUCAAAACAACUCACAUUACAACAACAAUCAAUAUAAUAGAUCAAAUGAAAAUAUUCAAAACAACUCACAUUACAACAACAAUCAAUAUAAUAGAUCAAAUGAAAAUAUUCAAAACAACUCACAUUACAACAACAAUCAAUAUAAUAGAUCAAAUGAAAAUAUUCAAAACAACUCACAUUACAACAACAAUCAAUAUAAUAACUCAAAUGAGAAUGUUGAAAAUAAUACUCAAUUUUCAUCAUCUUCUCAAUCAAGUAAAAAACUGAGUCUUAAUUCAAAUUUCACAAAUAGAUUUAAUGAUUCAAAAUCAAAUAGUUCAGUAACUUCAAUUUUUCAAAACACAACAGAAGAUAAAUCAAUUACUUAUCUGGAGAAUAAUCAUGAAAAUAAACAAAGAAAUAUUAAAAAUUUAACAUUGAACUUAAAUGAAGAAGAAAACUAUAAUGAUCAAUUAAAUAGUUCAAAUUCAUCAACUUCACGAGAGAGAUUUGAUCCAAGAAGAAUAAAAAGAACCAACAAUUCAAUUAGAAAUAUAAUUCCUGAUUCAAAACCAUGUAAUUAUCAUCAACCACAAUCACCAAAAAUACAAUACGAACAAAUGAUGUCUAAUCAAAAUCAACAACAGAUCCCACUUCCAUUUUCAGAUAAUCAAGUACCUUAUUCACCAGGAUAUCCUCCACGUCUGCAAAAUAGACCACAACCAAAUUUAAAUCCUUAUUCAUUAUUGAGAGAUAAUGGAGAUAAAUUAGGAAAUGCAUUAGAUGAAUUUAAAAAUGAUUUUAAAUCAAGUAAAUCACCACCAACACCAGCUACCCCUCCAGAUUUACCAAAUAUGAGUCCUUCACAAAUUGAAUUAUCUAAAUUUGAAAAUAACAAAGAUUCUAGAUUUUCAUAUGGGAAUAAUUCAAAUAAUAAUGUUUCUGAUCAAUUUAAACAAUUUAAAAAUAUUCAAGUUGCAAAAGAUGAGAAUUUAAAUUCUGAUUAUCAAAAAUUCUUAAAUAUUGAUAAUGAUGAUAAGAAGAGAACAAGUCAAGUAUCUAUGGUUAGUUCUGUAUUGAGUAAAGAUUCAUCAUCAAAUGAUGAAGAAGAUGAAAAAAUUGAACAAGAAUUAGAAAGACAAUUGGAAAGUUUGAAAAUAUCAGGAAGUGAAAUUAAUAUAGAUAAGAGUUCAAUAUCAUCGAAUUCAACAAAUCAAAGGGAUGUAAAUAAAAAUUCAAUUUCAUCUAAGUCAUCAAAUGAUGCACCAGUAAGUCAAAAUAAGAAUUGCAUUUCAUCAGUUUCUUCAAAUAACAAUCCACCUAUUCCACAAUUUACAAUUCAAGAUAUGGAUAAAGAGAAUAGAAUAAGUGGAGAAAGUAAUUUUGAUGAAGUUUCAAUUGGAUCAAUUGAAUCAAUUAAACCAUUAUCAUUUUCACAAUCAAAUGUAUCACCAACUAAAAGAAUAAUAGAAGAACCAAUAGAGGAAGAGCCAAUAGAAGAAGAAGAAGAAGAAGAAGAAGAAAAAGAAGAUUUAAAUGAAGAUGAAAUUAAACCAUUAAGAACAAGAUCAAUAGACUCAAUAAAACAAAAACCACUACAAGAACAGUAUAAACAAUUAUCACCACCACAAUUUCAAUCAGAAUCAGUAGAAGAAGAAUUUAAACCAUUAUCACCAAAAACACACUCAAUAGAACAAGAACUUCAAAACAUGAAUUUCCAAAUUGAACAAACAACAGAAUCACCAUCAAAUUUUCUCAACCAAAAUGAAACUUUCCCAUCAGGUACUGGACCAUGUCGAUCAUGUAAUCAAUACAUAGAUUUAUCAGUAAAAGGUAAAAAUAAAGCAAUUUUUUCCAAAACGGGUGAAUUAUCAGGUCAAUGGCAUAGAAAAUGUUUUAAUUGUAAUUAUCAAAAUUGUGAUAUAAUAUUUAAUAAAAAUGUUCAAGUUUAUGCAUUCAAUGAUAAACCAUAUUGUUUUACACAUUAUCAUAUUUUAAAUGAUUCAAUUUGUCAAAGUUGUAAUAUUGGAAUUGAAGGUAGUUGUAUUGAGAAUGAUAAUUUACAAAAAUGGCAUCUUGAUUGUUUGAAAUGUAAUCAAUGUAAUCAAAGAAUUAAAAAUGAUUAUUAUUUAAUUAAUGAUUUAGUUUAUUGUGAAUUUGAUGCUAAAAAUGUAAUGAAUAAUAAGAAUAAAAUCAGUAUAAAUGAUAAGAUUGAAAAAAGGAGAACUAGGGUAUAUAAUGUGAAUAUAUAG